AUGGCACCUUUAAGAUCGAUAUGCCACAAUCUAAUUUUAGUCUUUUCUCUAUACACAUGUAGUCUACUAAUUACUAGCACAGCCAGUGCAGGAGGCCAUUCACAUGAUGAGAACCCAGCAGUACAAAACUGGUUAAACCACGGCGGAGAUUUGUCAAACAGAAGAUACGCCAACAGAGAGACCAAGAUUAACCGUAGAACGGUUUCCAAACUGAGCUUGAAUUGGGAGUUCUAUGCCGGCGACGAUAUAUCUGCAACGCCAUCAAUUUACGACGGCACCCUUUAUUUUCCGAGCUGGAAUGGGGAAAUCUAUGCUGUUCAAGCUUCCAAUGGGUCUCUGGUUUGGAAGAAGAACUUGCAUGAACUGACUGGGCUUAAUGCAACCGGUUUUGCUGGUGUCAACUGGACCAUAGCAAGAUCAACCCCAACAGUCGUUGAUGAUCAAGACCUUCUUAUUGUUGGAAUCUAUGGACCUGCUGUUGUUAUUGCACUUGAACGAUCAACGGGGAAUCUCAUAUGGUCAACCCUACUUGAUACUCAUGCCGCAGGUGUUAUCACCAUGUCCGGAACCUACUACAAUGGGAGUAUAUACAUUGGAACGUCAUCACUAGAAGAAACCCUGAGCCCUGAGGAAUGUUGUACCUUCCGUGGCAGCCUUGCCAAGUUGGAUGCCAAAGCCGGCACCGUAUUAUGGAAGACCUUCAUGCUGCCUGAUAAUCAUGGACAGCUAGGGAGUUAUUCCGGUGCAGCUAUCUGGGGCAGCAGUCCAUCCAUCGACGUCCAUAGAAAACAUGUUUAUAUUGCCACUGGCAAUGUGUACUCAGUCCCAGAAAAUGUAAGUCAAUGCCAAGAAAAUCAGAACAAUUCAACUCUACCCACUCAUUCAGAUGCAUGUGUUGAGCCUGAUAACCGCGGCAACUCAAUCCUAGCCCUUGAUCUGGACAGCGGCGAUAUCAAGUGGAACCACCAUUUGGGCGGCUACGAUGUUUGGUUUCUUGAGUGUUUCCUUAAUACUUCAACCUGCCCAACCGGACCAAACGUGGAUGCUGACUUUGGGGAGGCACCGAUGAUGCUCAAGACCUGUGUCAAUGGAACCAAGCGAGAUUUAGUUGUUGCUGUCCAAAAAAGUGGCUUUGCUUGGGCUCUAGAUCGGAAUAAUGGCACCCUUAUUUGGUCAACGGAAGCCGGACCUGGUGGCGUUGCUGGAGGAGGAACAUGGGGAGCAGCUACAGACAAGAAAAAGGUGUACACCAACAUUGCUAACUCUGAGUCCAGAAACUUUACUCUAAAACCAUCUAGUACCAUAACAACUUGGGGUGGAUGGGUUGCAAUGGCUCCUGAAAAUGGCAAAAUCUUAUGGUCAACUGCCAAUCCCAGCAAUUCAACUUCUUCUGGUCCAGUUAGUGUCGCUAAUGGUAUUUUAUUUGCUGGAUCUACAAAUCCGCGUGGCUCCAUCUACGCAAUGAACACUGAAAACGGAAAAAUUUUGUGGUCCUAUGACACUGGAGCAUCCGUGUUCGGUGGCAUGUCAAUUAGUGAUGGCUGCAUUUACGUUGGCAGUGGAUAUAAACGUCAGUAUACCGCCGGAACUUCACUCUUCGCCUUCUGUGUCACAUGA